AUGACCAAGCGCACCCAUCUCACUCCCGACGACUCGUGUCUCCCUCUCAAGAAGCGUCGCAACCUGGGCCAGGGCCAAGUUCUCCACGACGUCGCCCACGCCGCCUCCUUCGUCGUACCCGAACCCCCCAGGACUCCCGACUUUGUGUUCUCGCCCAUCUCUCACCGCGCCCCCGCCACCUACUUCUUCAGGCCCUGGUGCUCGCCGGAGACGCUGGUUCCCGCCAUUCCGACGAACAAUGCUGUUCUUUGGCCGGAAAGAAUUCAGUCAGGGGAUUUCGGCGUCAACAGCGCCCCCUGCAUGAGCGAGAGCCUUGUCGCCGACACGAAUGACUCGGGAAUCAGCGAAUCCAGCGCAGAUUCUUCCCUCGAGGGCUCGCCCUUGCAGACGCCCGUGGACGCCGCCCUCAGCCCUCACGUGAGUGACAUAAGCUACUGCGAAGACCCUCGGAGUGACGCGCCUCCCUUCGCAUCUCGGACGCCGCUGUCGGUCCACGGGGAAAGCCGCUUCGACUGCGAGGACUGCGGCCGCAAGUUCAAGAAGCGGGCGUACCUGGUGCGCCACCGCCGCCUGCACACGGGCGAGCGGCCCUACAGCUGCGACAUCUGCAGCGCCACCUUCUCGCAGAUGCCCAACCUGUGGUACCACAAGCGCAUCCACACGGGCGAGUCGCCGUACGAGUGCGCCGUGUGCCAGCGCAAGUUCCGCAGCUCGUCGCACCUGAAGCGCCACCAGAGGCUGCACACGGGCGAGACGCCCUACGCCUGCCCCAUCUGCCCCGCCGCCUUCAUCACGUGGGACAAGCUCAACAGACACAAGAUGAUCGACCAUCAAUAG